AUGAGGGUCUACAACCCCCGUGAUUUCUGGCAAUCCUCUGGGCGCAGCUGCCCGUACGGGCGGGGGGACAGCGGCUGGGCAGCGCAGAGUCCCUCGCAGGCACCACCAAGACACCGGGACUCUGAGGAGCCGCCAUUUCCUCUGGCCGCGGCGGGAGCGGCGCACACGCGGCGGGAGGCGGGUCCGCGCCGCCUCAAUGCCGCGGCCAUGGCGGGCUUCGUGCGGGAGCUGGAGCGGCGGCGCGGGCCGGCGCUGCGGCUGGAGCAGCGGGCGGCGGGCGGCGUGGGCUGCGUCGUGUGGGACGCUGCGCUGGUGCUCGCCAAGUUCCUGGAGACCGGCGCCUGCCCCCUCGCCCGCCGCCACGUCCUCGAGCUGGGCGCCGGCACCGGCGCCGUUGGCAUCAUGGCGGCGACGCUGGGGGCAAACGUGACAGUUACCGACCUUGAGGAACUGCAGGAGCUGUUGAUGGUUAAUAUAGAGAACAACAAACAUCUGGUCACAGGGUCAGUCCGAGCCAAGGUACUGAAAUGGGGUGAAGAUGUAACAGAAUUUCAGCCUCCCCCUGAUUAUAUACUAAUGGCUGAUUGCAUUUACUAUGAGGAGUCAUUAGAACCAUUACUGAAGACACUAAAAGAUCUUACUGGCCCUGAUACAUGCAUCUUGUGCUGUUACGAACAGAGGACUAUGGGAAAGAACCCUGAAAUUGAGAGAAAAUACUUUGAGUUGCUUCAGUUGGACUUUGAGCUGGAAAAAAUUCCCCUGGAUAAGCACGAUGAGGAGUAUCGCAGCGAAGACAUUCACAUCAUGAAUAUCCACAGGAAGCAAACGAAUAUUCCAUCACGAGAUCUUUGACCACAGUAUCUCUCCUCUGGCAGCUGGUAGAGCUCUGGAGAGGAGGGUAUAGAAUAACACCACAAAGAGGCUGUUUCCAGUGUGGUUUGUGACUCAUCUACUAAAAAUGGCUUCUUGAUGGUGGACUUGGUGUGAGACACCAGAAGAAGUGGGCUUAUUAGAUGAGACCACUGAUAGCGCCUUCCAAGAGGACAUAUGUGAGCUGCUCAUGUCUGCAGGCUGAGGAAGGCAGAAACAGAACCCAGAGCAGCACUGGGCGUGUGUUCUGGUUACCUCUGCUUGUUGGAGCAGCGGGUGGCUUGCCAAGUGCUCACAGAGCGGAUCUGAGGACACUGCUCUGAAGUCUCUGCAGGGAGAAAACUGAGCAGGCUCAAUCACACAGCCACUCAAUAAAUCUUUUGCACUUAAGGUGGGUUGGAUGGUGGUUUCUGUGUCGUGCUGGCGUUGCAGAUGUCCUGGGAGUCUCGCCGGGGCUGUUAUGGUGGUGGACACUGCAUAGAUACAACAUGCAGAUAGUCUGUGUGCAAGAUUGCUCUGCCUUUUGAUUUCAUGUGUGCUUUUCUGGUAUAAGAAUUUGCAGUGUUAAAAGUUUGGCACCUUAAAUGAUUCUGAUGAGUGGGUUUGUUGCUGCUGCUGCUGUUCCUCACCGAGCUGCCUCCUGUGCAGUGAUGGCUUUGAGAUUUAAUUUCAAAAGAAAUCUCACUUCUGCU